AUGUUUUAUAGCCACGAGAUCCUCAGCAACAGUCAGUAUGGCGUUGCCACCAUCUGGCUGGCCGCGACGAUUGGCAAAAACGCCUCCGCCGGAAAAGGUGUCCUGCGACGACUGACCAAAAAAGCCGUCCAAGGGGUGGACGUUCCCAAGGCGUGCGAGAUCAUCAUCAACCCGGGCGCACCCUUGGCGCUGCGUCUGCAGGGCAGUCUCCUCUAUGGCGUAUCUCGCGUCUUCGCCGAGCAGUGCCGCUACAUGCUCUCCGACGCCGAGAAGACGCAGUCUGACAUGAUGACUUUCUUCCGUGUCCUGCAGACAAACGAGACGGAUCCUCGGGCUGGGAAGACCAAGCGCCAUCUCAUCAUGCUCGAGGAUGAUCCGGGCUUUGACAUCUUUGGUGCCCUGCCCAGUCUGGAUCUGCUUGGCUGGGACACAGAGCUCGCCGGGGUUCCAAGCCAGGGCUCAACAAACAGGUUUUCUUUCAUGACCCCCCAAGGCGCCUUGAGCCAGGCCAGCCAUUCUUCUAGUCAGAACCAGCCGUUCCUGUCAUCUGGCCCCCGGCCCUCUUCCCUUGGUGCCUCAGAUUAUCGCCUGCCGUCCGAAUUCGGCCACCACAGCUCGCCUCUGCCAAAGCACAAUCGAGACUUGGAAGCCAUGCCCGAGUUUCAGCCCUUUGUCGAGGAUGAGCUGGAUCAAAUCAACGCCAUCGGCCUCGACUUUGAUGCAGAUGGCAACUUGAUCGACAUCAUUGAAGCUGAACCAGAGCUGCCUCUUCUUUCUGGCACAGGCCCUCAAGCACAGCCUGAGUCCCGUGACUCGGAUCGGGUCGGAGGACCCGAAGGGCAGUUGAUUCUAGAAGAGGGAGAUAGGCAGGUGUUGAGCCUGGGCGAAGCCGCGCUUCCAGAUGCCGAGGCGUUCCCGGUUCAACGAGCAGCCAGGAAGGCCCCAAAAGUCCUCGCCGAAUCCUCCGAGACCACCGAGACUGAACAAGCGUCUGCUCAUAUCCGUCGCGGGCGUCCACGCAAGCUCAACUUCAUGGUCGACAAGAUUGAUCGCGUCUCUCGCCAGGAGUUUCGCAGCUGGACCGAAAACUACGUCCAGCACAUGGACGGAAGCCGCAAGCGACGCCGGAUAACCACGCAGGCACAAGCCAAGAAGAACGCCGUUGCCCUCCUUUACGGCAAUAGAAUUGCCGGCAUUGGCAUUCUUCACGGCGACCUUGCACCGUCCCACCCACUGGCCCAAGAAUUUGCGGGCCGAGCCCUCAAGGCCCGUCUGGAGGGCCUGCGUACCGAUGAGGUCGAGUACGGAUACCAGGAGAAGAGGGGCAGACGCCGCAAGUCCCCUGAGGCGUUUGGGCAAGACGAUGCGGCACGCGGCGAGCAGCGGAAUGUCCGCCAGCGCAUCGAUGAGGACGCGGAGCUCGGGCGGGGUGACAGCCACGACGGAGACGGUCUGGUGUUUGGCGACGACUCUGCCCCUGAGAUUGGGAUGGAAGCAGCUCCGCCCAUGGAAGACCGACGCUCUUCAUCCAUGAUGCCGUGGAGCCGUCCGGCGUCGGUCACCCGCGGCCAGGGCAGCGCACAAAAGGGAGUGCCCUCUCCCAGCCCCCUCCACACCCGCGGUGGCAGCGUCGUUGGCUCCAUUGAGCAUCACAGCGACCCCAUCGAGACACCCCUGGGAGCCGCGAUGGGCCUCGGGGCCCGAGAUGACUCGUCACUCGACUUUGGCUCGUCCCUCGGCGCCCUUGACUUCAACCGCGGCGACCAAGAGAUACCCGGGGGCGUCGUCGCGCGAGACGCGCACAGAGGCACCGAACACCGUUGGAUCACCUUUGACGAGCUCGCCGACCCGGAGACGCACACCAAGGCCGUCGCGGCGCAGGCUUUUCUCCACGUGCUCUCCCUCGCGAGCAAGAGCGCCAUUGCCGUCGAGCAGGACGGCGCGGCGCACAAUGUGCCCUUUGGCACCAUCCGCGUCGGCAUCCCCGUGCCUGCCCAUCGAUCAGUCGCGUCCGAGGAGGACGAGCUGGCUUGA